CGUAACAUCGGAUAGGUUACAAACCCGGAAGCAGUGACGUUUUCAAGCUAGCAGCUUGUGUAUCAGGACAAAAAUGCCAUUUUCCAUUUAAUUGUACAGCAAUAUAAGCGAAUUAAGAGCAGACAGCUAAACUAAACGAAUGUCAGUCACUUUAGAGAACAAAGUUAACGUUUAAGUCUGUAGUUUUCUCCUUCCAGCUUAGACGCCUUCGUCGUCUUGGUUUAUUAUCGUUUGUACAUUUCCCAGCCGACCGGGCGCGAUAUGGACGGAGAGGAGGACGGACUGGUGGCGCUGUCAGAGUCGGAGGAAUCCAGCAGGAAGCGCAGGGUACACGGCAUGCUGAAGCUCUACUACGGGAUGAACGAGGAGGGAAAGGCCGCGGAGCAGGCCAAGUCCUUGGAUCCCUGCGACAUCAACGGGCCGCAUUUUGACCACGAAGUAUUCCUCAACAAGCUGAGGAGGGAGUGCUCCCUUGCAGAGUUGAUGGACCAGGAGACCUGCAUGGUCAAGCAGAUCCGCUCUUUGGACAGUGACAUGCAGACGCUGGUCUACGAAAACUACAAUAAGUUCAUAUCUGCUACAGACACCAUAAGAAAGAUGAAGAACGAUUUCAAAAAGAUGGAGGAUGAAAUGGAUGGCUUGUCUGCCAACAUGGCGGCAAUAACAGAUUUCAGUGCUAGUAUCAGUGGUACACUGCAAGACCAACAUGCGCAGAUUACCAAACUCUCAGGGGUUCACACUCUGUUAAGGAAGCUGCAAUUUCUCUUUGAACUGCCUGCCAGAUUAAAUAAGUGUCUGGAGCUGCAGGCCUAUGCUCAGGCGGUGAGAUCGCACCGCCGGGCCCGCUGUGUGCUGCAGCAGUACAGCCACCUGCCCUCCUUCAAGGGAAUCCAGGACGACUGUCACGCCAUCAUGGAUAAACUGGCACAGGAGCUUCGACAGAAGUUCAGGGAUGGAGGGUCAAGCGCUAAAGAUUUAUCUGAGUGUGUGGAGCUGCUGCUACAGUUGGACGAGCCAGCCGAGGAGCUCUGUGAUAAAUUCUUGAGCCAUGCGAGGUCUCGCCUAGAGUUGGAGCUCCAGGGUCUGGAAGCGGAGAUAACACCGUACCCGUCCGGCACUGCCAUACAAGAUGCUCCUGCACGCAGGCUGCCGUCGGCUGCAGCCUGCGGAUCUCCGACCGAUAAACUCCCUAAAACGGGAGCGAUCCCUUCUCCCACCUCAAACACCGACAUCCUGGAAUUCAUUGACAGGGGUUGCAACGAGUUUGUCAGCAGCUUAUGUUUAGUCAUAACAUCCUAUCAAGAACUGUUCAUCACCCACGCUCGGACGGGCGAGCUCGCGUCCAAAAACAUCCCCCAGAUGGCGAAUGCCAAGUUGAACGCCUUUGUGGACGAUCUGGCUGCCCGGUAUUUCUCGCUGGUGGAGCGGAGGAUUCAAGAGGAGAAAGGGGUCGGGGAUAACUCCCUCCUGGUCCGCGCACUCGACCGCUUCCACCGAAGACUUCAGGCUGUAACCAAACUGCUGCCGGGCUCCGCCGUGCCGCACCAGGGGACAGAGAUUGUGAUGCGGGCCGCAACGGAGCGCGUCAAGCAGUACCUCUCCGCCCUGCAGAGCUUCUACAUGGACAGCUUGACGGACGUGCGGCAGGCCCUGGCGACGCCUCGGCUUGCUGGUGCCUCAGGGGCCGGAGGGGGAGCCCAUUUCGGGGGGGCGGCCUCCGGCAGAGAUGCUCCGACCAGCCUGCCAGAGCUGCUCUCCUCCCUAUCAGCCUCCAUUCUCAAUCAGAUUAAGUCAGUGUUGGCGUCAGUGCAUCUCUUCACAGCAAAGGACAUUACAUUCUCCAAUAAGCCGUACUUUAAGGGGGAAUUCUGCAGCCAGGGUGUACGUGAGAGCCUGGUGGUGAGCUUCAUCAAGUUUGUCUGCCAGUCUUCUCGGCAGUUUUGCGACAAUGCCGGAGACAAAGGAGGCUCGACUCCUCCGGCCCUUCUGUUGCUGCUGUCUCGCCUGUGCCUGGACUACGAGACCUCUACUAUCACCUACAUACUUACUCUCACAGAUGAACAGUUCCUUGUGCAGCACCACAGUCCUGUAACACCCGUCACGACUUUGUGUGCAGAAGCCAGGGAGGCAGCACAGAAACUCUUAAACCAUUAUGUAAAGGUUCAAGGACUGAUAAUCUCCCAGAUGUUAAGAAAGAGCGUUGAAACGCGGGACUGGGUCAACACCAUUGAGCCUCGCAAUGUCCGCGCUGUGAUGAAGCGAGUCGUAGAGGAUACCACCUCGAUUGACGUGCAGGUUGGUCUGUUGUACGAGGAAGGUGUGAGGAAAGCCCACAGCAGUGACUCCAGCAAAAGGACUUUUUCCGUCUACAGCAGCUCGAGGCAGCAAGCUCGCUACGCCGCCAGCUACACGCCAAGUGCUCCCAUGGAUACUAAUCUACUGAGCAACAUACACAAACUGUUUUCUGAGAGGAUUGACAUCUUUAGCUCCGUUGAGUUCAACAAGGUCUCCGUCAUAACUGGAAUUAUAAAAAUCAGUUUAAAGACGUUCCUGGAGUGUGUUCGCCUGCGCACCUUCGGCCGUUUCGGGCUGCAGCAGAUCCAGGUUGACUGCCACUACCUGCAGAUGUACCUGUGGCGGUUUGUCUCCGACGAGAACCUGGUACACUUCCUGCUGGAUGAGAUAGUGGGAAGCUCCGCCCACCGCUGCCUGGAUCCUGCCCCGAUGGAACAGAGUGUGAUCGAAGUCAUCUGUGAGCGGGGUUAAAGCUCAAAGUGCAGCACAGCCAGCGAGUCUUCUCCAAACACCUGAUCACAAAUCCAGACCGAAGGACAAUAUACACUGGAAUCAUGCGUCCAAAUUUAAACACUUCCUCUUUACUUACUGUUAGUUGUUUAAUCUAUUGAUUGAGAUUCAUAAUACCAUGUAAAACUGGCAGAAUGAUAGCAGAAACUACUGAAAGAAUAUAGAGAAGUCCUUCAACAAUGAAGAAAAUCCAACAUAGUUGUGUUGUCAGAGAUUCAGUUAAUUUGAGAUUGUUCAACACCACAUCUAGGCCCGUGCCCUGCAAAGUGCACAUGAACCUGGAGUACUUGAUUUAAUAUUACAACAGUAAUUUACACAAUUAUACAGAGUGUAAUAAAGUACACCCCUCUCAUACAAAGAUAAAAGUCCAUGAAUUAUCACUAAUAAAAGCAACUAUAUAAGACAUGAUUUUCAAAAUGUGUUUAAUGUGAAUACAGAAAAUAAAUAGCUGAAGAGAAACUUCUUCUCCUGUAAUAUUAAGGUCUGUUAGCUUUUGUUGCUGAAUAAUAUGCUAUCUGAAUGCCUUUUGAUGAUGUAAUCCCUAUCGUAUGCAUUAAAUUAACUACAACAGA